AUGAAUCGCAAGAAACAUCUCCGAGACAUCACAUCCUACGCCAAAUACAUACACGACGUGUCGGUGCUAUUGGGCGCACCCGCCAGCACUCAUCCAUCAGAUAAUCGCACCAUCGGUGCUGCGUUUGAUAUCAUCAAGUUUGAGUCGGAGGUGGCCAAGAUCUCAGACAAAAGUACUGGAAAGGAGUUUCAAGUGGAGAGACCACUGAAAACAUUAGACUGUUUGGUACCCGAAGUCAAUUGGAUAGAUAUAUUCAGCGACGUCCUAAACAACCACAACAUCACGGGCGCCGACAAAAAAGACUUUCACAACAUGAAUGUCAUCCUAGAUAUGCAUUACAUGAUACGACUGUCACAGUUGUUACGUAAGACUCACCCGACAGUGGUAGCCAACUAUCUGGGAUGGCGUGUCGUGGAGACAGUAGGCUUUUUGACGGCCGGCCCACGGUUUUUAGGUUCACACCAGCGUACAUUUCACGACAUACAAUCCAGCGAAAGGACCAAGAUCCUCUGGAAACAGUGUCUGGAGCCGUUGAAAACGCAUUUACCAUAUCUGUUGACUCGCGAGUACGCGAAGACACAUCUGACACAACCGGAGAGACUCCGCGUCUCGGAGAUCGUAAAGUCGGUGAAACAAUCCUUCAUUGGACUCAUCCGGGAGAAGCACUGGUUGGACAAUAAGCUGGAGUUUGUGCAUAAAGUGGAGGACAUCAGCGAGAAUGUCGGAUAUCCUGACUGGUUGCUCGACGACAGCCUAUUCCUGGCAUUCCAUCAAAAUCUG